GUACAUCGUCUGUGGUUGCUGUGCAUUCCACAACUCAACGAGCAAUAAGGACUAAACCCCACGAUGGCGUGCCCAACUCUGUUGGCCCUGACUGUAAGAACCCUUUCAAGGUGAUGAUGGCAGGCGGACAGCAGCAGCAGAGGCUGUAUCCACCCCAGGAGUUGGGUGGAGCCCAGCAGCCAGAGCAUUACCCUGGGUACCCCAGGCUGCAGAGGCUGGGCAGCGGGGAGCCAGGCCCUAAAUCCCCUUACCGGUCCGGGUAUGGAGGCAUGUUGAGCCCACCUCCAUCUGGUGCUAAGCUUUAUGGAGAUGGCUCGCAGUCUCCCAGUACAGAAACUCUGGGCAGCCCUGAGGGCUUUACAAGGACCAAUCCUUGUGGGUUUCCAGGAGGCGGUAGCCCUGGCUCAGCCUCUAUCCACGGAAACACUAGGACACCUCUUUCCCCGCCUAGUGUGAUGCUUCACGGCUCCUCAGCGGGCCAGCCAUCGUGUGCCAUGACAGGAAGGACUAGCACGCCCCUCUCCCCAACGGCCACUGCCAAAAGCCCUGUCAUUAACAUGAACAUGCCGCGGGGGAACUUCCCCCCUGGUAUGGAUAUGCCCCGUGCAACAUUUCACCAUAAAACACAGCCCCCUGUGCACCCUGUACCGCCUCCUCCAUCCAUACCGCCAUCCUGUGCCCUCCAGAAAAGGCAGUUAACGUCUGAAAAGGACCCCUUAGGCAUCCUGGACCCCAUCCCUAACAAGCCAGUCAGCCAGACUCCCACCAAUGCCCCAACACCCUCCAACUUCCAGCCUAACAUCCACUCUCAGGUACCAGUGAUGAAUGUAAACAUACCCCCUCCCGCCAUUGUUCCCUUGCCAAGCAACUUACCGUUACCCACAGUGAAGCCUGGGCCUGUGGGUCAUGGUGGCCAUGUUCAAAGGACUCAGCAGGGUGGUCCGGCUUCCUCCAUGUCUCCCUCCCCCGUUACCUCACCUGUCCACAUGGCUGGGCCUGCGCUUGGGAGAAUAGAGGCCUCCCCUCAUCGCUCGCGUUCAUCCUCCACCUCCUCUGACCACGGUAACUUUGCGAUGCCCUCGGGACAUCAGGCCCCGUGUGGCACCAUAAAGGUUCCUCCUCGUUCCCCUCGAUCAGCUAUGGGGUCUCCCAGGCCCGCCAUGCCCUCCAGCCCCUCCACUAACAAAACCGAUGCACUCCAUCAGUACAAAGACUCCCAGCUGCUGCCCGGUAUGGCAAAUUCAAUUGGCGCCCAGCAGCACGGCAAUCCCAUGUACUCUCCAACCUCUUCCUCC